UACAACACUCAAAGAAGAAUGAAGAUCGUAGAAGGUGUGUGUCCCUGCGCCUGUAAAGGCAUCCGGAGGUGUCUUAUAUGUGAGAAAUUAAAGGAGAAACAACAUCUGGAGGCGAGUGAACCGAAGAUUGUGCAUCGCUUCCUCUACGACCCUGAGACGGGGCUCGCCGUUUGCGAAGAUGCGGCGGCUGCAUCCUUCCCCUCCUUCCCCUUUCCUGGUGUCUUCCUGCGGGACGACUUCGUAUCAGAAGAGGAGGAGGAAAUGCUGAUAAGUGCGAUGGACCAGGAUGUGUGGAACGAGUCCCAGUCUGGUCGAAGGAAACAGGACUUUGGCCCAAAAGUUAACUUCAAGAAAAGGAAGGUGCGUGUCGCCGGGUUCAGUGGACUUCCCGCUUUGAGCCGAGAACUGGUGCUCCGAAUGCAGCGAGAACCGAGUCUAUCAGGCUUUCAGCCCGUGGAGCAGUGCAACCUGGACUACCACCCUCAGCGAGGCUCCGCCAUCGACCCGCACCUAGACGACUCCUGGCUGUGGGGGGAACGCCUGGUCACCAUCAACAUGUUAUCCAGCACCACGCUCACCAUGUCCCUCGAGCAGGGCCUACCAGAGCUGGGACUGGCAGAGGAUGUCCACGUGGCUGUGCGUCUUCCUCGCAGGUCUUUAGUCGUGUUGUACGGCGAGGCGCGGCACAGGUGGAAGCACGCCAUCCGUAGGGAGGAUGUUCAGGAGCGCAGGGUUUGCAGCACCUACAGAGAGCUGUCUGCAGAGUUCCUCCCUGGAGGGCAGCAGGCGGAGCUGGGAGCUCAGCUGGUGAACAUUGCUUUGAGCUUCCAGGGAACGCCGAUAUAAGCUGAUGUGACGAUGCCGAGGAAGGCUGCAGUACCAGAGGACGUUUACAUUUUGGCUAAGAAGAAGAAGGCCACAAUUCUUUGGCUGCACAUGGUAUAGCCUUUAAAAUAAAACAGCUUUGGUGUCCUUUAGUGAUGGAUUUUGUCUUAAAUAAUGGACUCACCUUUGGUCCUGUGGCUGUUGAAGGACCUGAAGCCUUGUUGUGAAUAAUCAGGAGGAGACUCAGUGCAAUUGUACAACAGAUUGGUAAAAUAUGUUGGAAAAGAAAUAUUUUUUUAAAAUAUAUUAAAGUGUUAUAAAACUCCA